AUGGAUACAUCUUCUUCCUGCUCGAUGAGAACAGCUGAAACGUAGGGAUUUGGUUGCUGCAAACGAGUCAAAAGCAGGCGUUCGUUCGAUCCCAUCGUUUCUCCCUUUCCCACCUAACGAAAAUUGUGCGUGCCAUGGCCUUCUGACGUCCAAAUUCUUCGCUUGAGGAAGAGAAAGCUGUUCAUCUAUGUCUCCUCCCUUUAUUCGGUCUCAUGCAACCAAGCAACGACUUCUUUUGGUACAACGUCAUUUUUAAUUGGCUUAUGAGCCAGUCCCCAAGGAGCACCGUGUCUUCACCUCCUAAUUCCGCUCUACAGGGGAGGAGAAAGGCUUGGGAACGAAGCAGUCCACCGUCCUACUCUCUGCUUCGCCAUGCUCUCCCUCUUCGUCAACAGCAGCAGCUUCAACGUUCUGCUGCCUGCACCUUCGCGUGUGACCGCGUGGGUCUCCUCGAUCGGCCGCCUUCGAUGCGUAGAUUAGACCAUCACAAAUUAGACUCAUAGUUUUAUCAUCAACGUUGACCCCCGCGAACCUUUCCUUGCUCACAUAUUCCUACGAAUAGUUUAGCCCCAAAACCAUCUUCCCUUUGCGAUGGUUGGGCAUAAAAGGGCCGGUUGAGGAGGUAUUCGUUGCGUUGCUUCACAAGAACGAGUGUCUGUAUCUAUCACUAGCUUUACUGCCGCGGGUUGUGCUGGUCGCAGAGGAGAGCGGCAGCGGUGCAGUUCGGAGGGAGUAGAAGGGUGGUUAUAGCGAGAGGAGGAAGAGAGGGGAGGGCGGUGAUGGAGAACGCGCGCCAGGUGGAGGAGUACAUGGACCCCACGGCGACGGUGGGCGGUGGAGCCGAGGACGCCUACGGCGAGGAUCGCGCUACCGAGGAGCAGCUCGUCACUCCCUGGACCUUCUCCGUCGCUAGUGGGUAUAGUCUACUAAGAGAUCCACACCACAACAAAGGGCUUGCCUUUACUGAAAUUGAGAGAGAUGCUCACUACUUGCGAGGCCUAUUGCCUCCAGUUGUCCUAACUCAAGAGCUGCAGGAGAAAAAGCUGCUGCACAAUCUUCGCAAAUAUGAAGUUCCCCUGCAGCGUUACAUGUCAAUGAUGGACCUGCAGGAGAGGAACGAGAGGCUUUUCUACAAGCUUCUGAUUGACAAUGUUGAGGAAUUACUUCCGGUUGUAUACACACCAACAGUUGGCGAGGCCUGCCAAAAGUAUGGGAGCAUCUUUCGGCGUCCACAGGGUCUAUAUAUCAGUCUGAAAGAGAAAGGGAAAAUUCUUGAGGUGCUAAAGAACUGGCCUGAGAAGACCAUUCAAGUUAUCGUGGUCACUGAUGGUGAGCGCAUUUUGGGUCUAGGAGACCUUGGGUGUCAGGGAAUGGGAAUUCCUGUUGGCAAACUUGCUCUUUAUACAGCCCUUGGAGGACUCCGUCCAUCUGCAUGCUUACCCAUAACAAUUGAUGUGGGCACAAACAAUGAGCAAUUGCUGAAUGAUGACUUUUAUAUUGGUCUAAGACAAAAACGAGCUAGAGGCCAGGAAUAUGAGGAUCUUCUCCAUGAGUUCAUGUGUGCUGUCAAGCAACAAUAUGGUGAGAAAGUCCUAAUUCAGUUCGAAGACUUUGCCAAUCAUCAUGCAUUCGAUUUGCUUGCAAAAUAUAGCAAGACACAUCUUGUCUUUAAUGAUGACAUCCAGGGAACAGCUUCCGUGGUCCUUGCUGGACUUGUUGCUGCACUGAAGUUGGUUGGAGGGACCUUAGCGGACCAUACUUACUUGUUCCUUGGUGCUGGUGAGGCUGGCACUGGUAUUGCUGAGCUCAUUGCUCUUGAGAUGUCAAGACAGAUGGGUACCCCAAUCGAAAAUAAUCGUGAAAAGAUUUGGCUUGUUGACUCAAAGGGAUUGAUUGUUAGUUCCCGGAUGGAAUCUCUACAACACUUCAAGAAACCUUGGGCACAUGACCAUGAACCUGUUAACAACCUUUUAGAUGCUGUGAAGGCCAUCAAGCCAACUGUGUUGAUAGGAACCUCUGGAGUAGGGAAGACUUUUACACAAGAUGUAGUUGAGGCCAUGGCUUCAUUUAAUGAGAAACCUGUCAUUCUUGCUCUGUCAAAUCCCACAACACAAUCAGAAUGUACUGCCGAGGAAACAUAUACUUGGAGUAAGGGUUGUGCAAUUUUUGCGAGCGGGAGCCCAUUUGAUCCUGUUGAAUAUGAGGGGAAGAUUUUUGUACCUGGCCAGGCAAAUAAUGCUUACAUAUUUCCUGGUUUCGGUCUUGGCUUGGUGAUAUCUGGUGCCAUACGUGUGCACGAUGAAAUGCUUCUUGCAGCCUCGGAAGCUUUAGCCCAGCAAGUGACACAAGAGAAUUUUGACAAAGGACUGAUCUAUCCUCCCUUCAAAAAUAUCCGAAAGAUAUCUGCGCAUAUUGCCGCUAAUGUGGCUGCAAAAGUAUAUGAACUUGGUUUGGCUACUCGUCUUCCUCGCCCGGACAACCUGGUGAAAUAUGCAGAGAGUUGCAUGUACACCCCGGCAUAUCGCAAUUACCGUUGAAUAGGCAAAACAGAAUCUAUCAAUUUUGUAGCAGUCGCAUGGUCAUUACACAUUUGAAAACUAUUGUUCCUUCUAUGAUUGUUGUCUCAAAAGUGGUUUUAGUUCCCGGGCUAUCGACAAUAAAUUAGUAGUUUAGGUGGAUGGAAAUAAAUGUUGCCAUGGAAGCAACGUAAUCUGCACUCAUUGUUCUUUCUUAUAUAGAAGCUUCACAUCUGUGUUAUGUUACUUAUCUUGUGUGUGUUGAUAGACUGAAUAUUGGCACAGAGUGAUCGACCCAUUAUUUUUC